AUGAGUGUUGGAUAGGUUCAUCCUAGUUGCUCAUCUCCGAUUGAUACCAAGGAUUAUAAAACAGGAUUAGAGUAUAAUAUCCAUUUUACUUGAAUAGUUCACUCAAACUAUUUAAUACAAUAAGAUAGAGUAGGCACACAUCAAAAGAAACCACUCUCAUUAUUUCACCUAAACAGUAUAGCUAGAUUUUAUUCAAGUGCAAUAAGCAAUCGCGCAUUCCUAACUCCUAAACGUAGUUAGUUUACUAGUUAAGAUUAAAUUGUUGAGGAAGAUGAUUAUUUUAGAGACCGAAGAGCAAAAAGAAAAUUUGAUACUGCAUCCAGAAAAUUAAUGAUCCUAUUGAAUUUCUUUAGGCAUAUAAAUCAAACAAAAGACACAGAUAAAACAUCAUAGCUUAAAUAAAUUCACAAGAAAAGAAAAAAGCUGCCGUUCUAUCCAAAUUAGUUGCAAAUUUGGAAAUAAUUUAUGUCAGUGCAAACAUUAAUUACUUUGAUGUUGUAUCCAAUCUACAUUAGUCUCUCGGACUAUAAGAGUUUAGUAUUCAUAUUAAUCAUUUUAGGAUGUCUUGACCAUUCUUAUUUUGAUAUUGGAUAUUUUAUAUUUGGUUGACAUCAUUUUAAAAUAAGUUACAUGUCAAAUCGAUAAAAAUCAUAAUUUAAUCGAUACCUUCUAGGCCAUAUUCUUAUUUAAUCUAUAGAGAUGGCUAUUAUUCGAUAUCCUCAGUAUCAUCCCCUAUAAGUUAUUUGUUUAUGAUUUUACAGAUUAAUUGUGCUUAAAUCUCUUAAAAUUACUGAGAUUUGUUAAAUAUUUCAGCUACAACGAAAGAUAAAUCUACUAAGAGGCCUAAACAUCCUCAGACUAAUCCUAAUAUUUCGAGAGAUUAUUUUAACUAGAUGGGAAAUUGUUUAGCAUUUUGAAGAUAUUCAAAAAUAUGCUCAUCUUAAUCAGUCUUUUUGGAUGUUUGUUCCAUUCCGUUUUAUUAUAUGAUGGGAUUUCAUAAUAAGAAGAUAGCUCAAAAAUCUAUAUUCAAGGAUUGUACUGGGCUAUUCAAACAGUUACAGUCAUAGGCUACGGAGAUGUACCUAUGACAACAUCAACAUAAUAUAAUUUAACAAUUAUUUGGAUAUUUUUGGGAGUUGGGUUUUAUUCCAUGACUAUCGGCAACUUAGCUGCAAUUUUGGAAUAGCAAUCUGCAAAUGAAGGUUUUGAUGAAGACUUAGAAGCCCUGGAGACUCUGAUGUCUCAAAUCCUCAUACCAGAAGAAUUAAGUGCUUAACUAUUCUCCUAUUAUUAUUAUAAUAUUGAAAACAAUCCAUUUUGGAAUUACAAGAAGUAUUUCAUUUAUAUAAUAAAGAUGAUAGAAUCAUUGAAACCUUGCCGUCUCAACUUAAAGUAUUUGCCAUUGCAUUUUGUCAAAAACAACUAAUCGAAAAUGUUAACAUCUUCUCUUUUGAUAUCAAUUUUGCUGCUGCCAUCCUACCUCACUUUUCUAUUUACUGUUUCAAACAGUAUGAAACUAUAUACUUCAAUGGAUCCCCUAGUCUUGAAGUCUACUUCUUAGUGGCUGGAGAGAUUCGUCUAUGCGAUAAGGAUGGCAACACACUUCUUAAUAUCCAAGAAGGAUAUAUUUUUGGGGAAAUUGAAAUAUUGGAAGAUUGCUACAGAAAAUAAGCAGCAAUCGCCAGUAAGGACUCUGUUGUUAUAAUAUGUCCUGUAUUAUAAUUCUUACAAUUAGUUUAAGAUGAUGAAAAAUUGCUCUUUGAAAUUGAGUAAUUAGGUUUAAGAAGAAGACUCUUAUUGCAGGAAAACCUUUCCAGAAUUAAAAGUAUUUAUAUAUCCAUAUGUCUCAAUAGAAAAUGCCAAAUAAAUAAAAAGAAUAAGUGUAUUAGAUGGGGAACUAAUGAAUUAGUAUGUUUCAAAAAAGUAACUAUUAGAGAGACAAUUUAAAAGAAGCAUCAUUAAGGAUACCUAUCAAUAAAUACAUAAGAAAUUGAUUAGAUUCAUUUUUGGUCAGAAGCAAGAGAAAAAAUGGAAAUAUCAAGCUAUAUUUAAAAUGGCUGUCAGGAAAAUCAUAGAUCAUAGAAAAUAAGCAUUAUUAUUAUCAAGAAAACACAGUAUGGUUUUAGGUAAGUAGAUGCUUUAAAACUUUGCUCAAGUCAGAGAAGACGAAAAAAAUCUUCAGAAGAAAAUAUUGAAUAAUAAGAAAAGUGGAAAAUAUUAAAAAAGAGUGAAAAUUAAAGAUAUCAUAAAUCAUCAUAGAUAAAGUCGAAUAGCACCUAUGUUAAUCACGCCUUCCCCAUAUAAUGAGGAAAUUAUCAGUGAAGUUAAGGAAGAAAAAUAAUUAUUUAAACAAAAAUAAAAUUUAAUUGCCGAGUUAUCUAAUAAACUUAUUAAAAUAAAUUUAACUGGAUAAUUAAAAAUAUUUAAUACCCUAUAUGAAGAACUAAUGAAAAGCAUUGAUUUCUUAAAUGAGAUUUAGUAUCAAACUAAUUAAUCUGUAGAAGAAAUGGAACUAAUAUACUAUUAAAUAUCUUCAUUGAUUAUAUCUAUUUUUUGA